CAAGGGGGAGAUUGGAAAUGACCCUAAACUUCAACAACUGCCUUCCUGGUUCUGACAGUCAGCGACUGCCGACAGCUCCAGCUUGGGAAGGAAGCUGCCUGGAGGCACGUCAACCGGGUUCAUCUCCCCAGCCUCCAGUAGAUGUCACUGGCAGCCUUCAGAGCGAUCCCAGCCUGAGCAGAUUAACCAGAGAUGAGAGAUCCUGGAGUGGGUGGGACAGUGCUGGGUGCAUAAGCGAGGGAUCAGACACUGCAGGUCUAGUCCUCUCUCUAUCCCUAGGUGGUAUUCGAGUCCUUUUCACACUCCUCUGGAAAGACAGAAGGAAAGGAUGGCAGGGGGACAGGAUGAGGAAUGGGCUGCGGCUACAGCUUCACCGAGUGUGGAAACAUAUGGCUUUGCUCUUCUGCAGUCUGUUUCCAUCUUCCCAAAUCAGGAGCAACCAGUCAGCUUUGGCUCAGAAUUCCCUUCCACCCUCGUCUCCAGGGUGCCCAGGUCCUGCUGCCCCCCAAGAACCCCCGUUCCCGGAUAUUUAUGGUGGUGAUGCCCAGCUCUGGGAGGCUCACUUCCGUGGGAUUGGUCGAGCCUACCGGGCACUGGGCAAGGAGGACGACUUUGCCAUCCGGGUGCUGACUGAGGACUUUACACUCCCCUUCCCUUACGCCUGGCCACCUGGACCUGACCCUGCCCGGGGUCCUCUCUUCUAUGACCCCCAAGACCGGACGGGCUUUGACUUCCUCCUGCGGCCUGGGGCACCCCCGCCUGCCUUGCUCCGUCCUCUCCAUGCAACGGCCCAAGCCUUACUUCGAAAGCGGCGACUGGAACAGCUGGCUUUGAGCUAUGCCAACUCAGGCAGUGGUGCCACCCCACACCCCGGAGUGGUCCUCCUGGCCCCAGCCCCAGGGCCCAGUAAAUUCCCUACCCCAGGACUCCCAGACGGGAAAGGGGCCAGGCCUGGACCCCCACUGGUCUAAGUCAAAGCACCAUGUAGCAAAGGCAUUUCCUGACUUGCUGUAGUGUCUUCUGGAAAAUGAAUAAAUAUU